ACCAUAGUGGAAAUGAAGUUUGCCGCCUGUUGUGGCAGCGGACGAGGUCGAGGAACGCGUAAUGAAGAUGGGAUCUUGGAGUUCAAAUCUAAAAACUUAGAUGCCGAGAGAAGAAGAAGAGGAAAACUUAAACAAAGAAUCAAUGAUUUACGUGCUGCAGUUCCAAACAUCACUAAUAUGACUAAAGCGGCCACUCUUGAUGAUGCUAUAACAUACAUUAAUGGGUUGAAACAACAAGUAGACGGUCUUACAAAUUGUCUUGAACAAAUGGAGGAUACAACAGUUCCUCAAGCAGCAGAAGAAGAGGAAACUGAGGUCCAAGUUGAAAUGGAUGAUCAAAAUAUCGAGAAAUUCAAUAUAGAUGAAGAAGUUAAGGUAACCUAUUUAGAAGAAAAUAAAUUCUGCAUCAAGAUAAUAUGCUAUUCAAAGAGAGGUAUUUUCACCAGAUUAAUGGAGCUGAUGAGUUCUCUUGGGUUUGAAAUUAUGGACAACAAUUUCACAUCCUUCAAAGGUGUUUGUCUGACAACUUUAUCUGUCAAGGGGAGUCAGGUUGAUGUGACUGAGUUGGAGAAACUUGAAGAGUAUUUGCUACAAGCUGUUACAAGUUGAAACUGUAACUGAC